AUGGGCAAACGAGGAGCUAAGAAGCUUACAAACACUCAAGGAGGAGGACCUAAUCUCAAAUCCGUACUAAGACAUGAUCACCUGAAAAAUCUCGCCCUCUGGUCUUCCGCCGGAGAUACUCCCAUCCCCUCUCUUGCUUCCUUGUUUGGUCGACGUCUCGCUGCCGACAUCGAUUCCACAGGAAUCGCUACUGAUCCUGAUCUCGUCUCUUGCCAAAGGUGUGAGAUCAUACUUAAGCCAGGCUUCAAUUGCAAUGUCAGAAUCGAGAAGGUUUCUUCUAAGCAGAACCAGAGACGUACUGCGAAAGGUCAGAUGAAAGAGAUUUACCCUUUCAAGCCGAAAGCUCCUCGUCCUAAGAUCAAUCAAGAGAUGACAGUGAUGCCUCAAAUCUCAAAGUGUUGCGGAUUGACUAGUAUAACAUUGAGAGCUUCUUUUGUGCCUAUAACGACGUUAAAGCCUCGUUUUUUAUUCAACAUUCCGCACAAUCACCAUAUCGAUUUCUGCAAGUCCCCAUUAUUCAAGUUUAGAAGAACAUAUGCUCAAAAUGACGAGUCUUCUUCUACUGGUGGUGGAAACAGACCGGUUAGUAGCGAUGAUUCGACCAAGAAAGACCAAUUUGGUGGUUUCAGUUUUAAGUGGAGGGAGCUGUUGAAUCCGGAUCAGGACAACUUUGUGGCUGUUGCGUUGGCCGGGGUAUUGACUUGGGCUAGCCUUCAAGUCUUGUCGCAGCUUUUCUUCAAGUAUUCAUUUAUCGCUGCUCUACUCAUUUUCAUUCUCGUCACUCUCCUCUAGCUUCUGUUUUCUUUGUACCACCAGUACAGAGACAUGAAUGUACACUUGAGUCUUGGUAUAAAACAAAAGUAUGAAGUUGUUGCAUCACAGGUUUGAAUUCUAACUGUGGUUUCAUACAUUUAACGUUUGUACUCGCUUCUUGAAAACAAUGAAGAAUGUCUCAAAGAAA